UCUUCCUGUUAACUUUUUCUUGGUCGGUUUGCUUAGCUUCUUGUCUCUUCUCUUCCUCUUCCAACUAAGAGAUGUCUCCGACUAAUGAUACUACCAAGAGGGCUUACGUGACCUUCUUGGCUGGAAACGGAGACUACGUGAAGGGCGUGGUGGGUUUAGCUAAGGGUUUAAGGAAGGCUGAGUCUGUGUACCCUUUGGUGGUGGCUGUUCUUCCUGACGUGCCCGAAGAGCACCGCGAGAUUCUCCGAUCUCAGGGCUGCGUCGUCCGGGAGAUUGAGCCGGUUUAUCCACCAGAGAACCAGACCCAGUUUGCCAUGGCUUACUAUGUUAUCAACUACUCGAAACUUCGUAUUUGGGAGUUCGUGGAGUACGCGAAGAUGAUAUACUUGGAUGGUGACAUCCAAGUGCUCGACAACAUCGAUCACCUGUUCGACCUGCCCGAUGGGUAUUUCUACGCUGUCAUGGACUGCUUUUGCGAGAAGACAUGGUCGAGCUCUCCUCAGUACAAGAUUGGGUAUUGCCAGCAACGCCCUGAAAAAGUGCAGUGGCCUGUCGAAAUGGGCUCUCCUCCUCCUCUCUACUUCAACGCCGGCAUGUUCGUCUACGAGCCUGACCUCCUCACUUACCAUCAUCUCCUCGAGACCCUCCAAGUCACUCCUCCAACGUCAUUCGCGGAGCAGGACUUUCUGAAUAUGUUCUUCAGGGAAAUUUACAAGCCAAUCCCACCUGUUUACAACCUCGUCUUGGCUAUGCUGUGGCGUCACCCUGAAAAUGUAGACCUUGACAAAGUGAAAGUCGUUCAUUACUGUGCUGCCGGAGCAAAGCCGUGGAGGUACACUGGGAAGGAAGAGAACAUGCAGAGGGAUGACAUAAAGUUGCUGGUGAAGAAAUGGUGGGAUAUUUAUGAAGACGAAUCUCUAGAUUACAAGAACGCCAUGCAGGGUGAACCCGGAAAGCUCGGAUCCUUGAUCUCUACACUCAAUGAAGAUGGUGUGUUUCACCAGCGGAGUGCUCCAUCUGCGGCUUAAACAAUCUUAGUUAUACUAUAUACUUACUAGCUUUGGGGCACUUAAUUCUUUCUUUAAAGGCUAUAUCCCCCAGCGCGUAUGAUGCUGUUUUAAUUGAAAGUUUUUAAAGUUUUAUAUAUCAUGGGUGUGUUAAGAAUAUAUGCAUGGCUGAUCAUGGCCGAUUGACUCUUAUAAUAUUGGAAAUA